CCCCGGCCUGCCGGGGACCGGAAGUGGGGCUGCACCGGCUCCCGCCGGAUGGCUUAGGCGGGUGCACGGCCCCUGCCAGGCAGAGGUUGGCUGAAGGGCUGGAGGCGAGAUGGCUGCGCUGGCUGCUCCUCGCUUGGCCCGGGUUGGGAUAUUUCUUUUGCGGCCCAGUGCUGUGACUCCUAUUCAUGCUAAGUCACUCCAUGAGACGCCAGCAACCGGCCAUGCUGACAGCCCCUCCCAGGUCCGGCAAAAGAGCACUACCAUCGUCCAGAAAAAAUCCUACGUCCCUACCAGUCGGGGAGAGUAUGUUGUCACCAAACUCGAUGACCUAAUCAACUGGGCUCGUAGGAGCUCCCUGUGGCCGAUGACCUUUGGCCUGGCGUGCUGUGCGGUGGAGAUGAUGCACAUGGCGGCUCCUCGCUACGACAUGGAUCGCUUCGGGGUGGUGUUUCGGGCCAGCCCCCGGCAGGCGGACGUCAUGAUUGUGGCAGGCACUCUGACCAACAAAAUGGCCCCAGCCCUUCGGAAGGUUUAUGACCAGAUGCCUGAACCACGCUACGUGGUCUCCAUGGGAAGCUGUGCUAAUGGCGGUGGUUACUACCACUACUCCUAUUCCGUGGUGAGGGGCUGCGACCGCAUUGUGCCAGUGGAUAUCUACGUCCCAGGCUGCCCGCCUACCGCCGAAGCACUGCUCUAUGGAAUCCUGCAGCUGCAGAAGAAAAUCAAGCGGGAGAAGAAGAUUCAAAUCUGGUACAGGAAAUAGCCUCCCUUAUUUAUGACCUCGCUAUUCGCCCCCUUCCCUGACAGAGAAAUGUAUUUGUAUUGUCACGCACACUGCAGCUGUGGUCUGCACAAGCCUCACAAUAAACAUCAUCUGUUUAA